CACCAUAAACGAAGAAACCGUAGUAAACGAAAGUGUACAGUGACCAAGAGCAAUUUAAUUGUUGUUAGACGUUUAACACCCUGGAACUCAAAAUAAGAUUAAUUUGACCGCACAGUAUCACAUACUUACUCCCGAUAUUCUUUAAAUUUCAUUGGAGACGACUUGGUUGAUAGAUGUGAACUAGGUAACGCUAGCUAGCUGCUAACAAUGGCUAACUGUAUGGUUUUUCACACUCAAAUGGCAUCCAUCAUGGAGGUGCUAGCGAAUGCAGCCGUGGCGGAGAUCUGUAAACUCGUAGACGACGACUAUGCAGUGUUUCGUUUGGAAAUAACUCAAAGCCAGAAAGAAAACAAGGCAAUGCGGAGGAAACUACAGCAACUAGAAAUUAAGGUGGCACGGGACCGAGCAGACAGGACAAUGCGAGAGCGCGUCCUCGCCAGUCAUCCUAGUAAUGUCAAGAUCCUCGACCGAUACAGAGGAAAGGCUAAAGGUGAAGGACAUCUCACUGGAGGCCACAGAAGAUUUGUGAAACCAGCAGGACAAAAUACAUGGAGAGAUGACCAACCAAUCACUGUUGAUGAGGGGAGUGGAACCUCAACCCAGCAAGUUAUCAUGAUAGAGUCUGCAGAUGCAGAGGAUGCAGGUCCUGGGGUCAAGCAGGAGAGGUCUGAAGAACAGGAGGACCCACGGCACAGCAGAGACAUCCAGACUGGAGCGCACCCUGUAGCUACGGAGAACCCCACCACCGCCCAAGAGCAGUCCAGGACCCAACGCAGCAUUAUGGAGGUCAGUGGAACGCUGAACACCAUCCUCAAGUCAGAGACAGACACCGAGACUUUAACGGGGAUAAACCGACUGGGCUGUCCACCUGCUCCACGCGCAGAGUAUUUACUUUACGGCAACCUCAGCCCGAUGACUGUUCUGUCCCAUCGGGACUCAGGUGACACUUUACAGACUGUCAAUGAUCCAUCGUGUUCAGACACUACAGAGACAGAGAUGAUACCUGGUGACAUGCCUGUGGUAUUAGAUACACAGACUAAUCCAAUGAGAGGGAACUGGAACCAGUACAGUAGUAGUGUAUACUCUGAACAGUGCAGAGAUAAGAAAGGGGAGGGUCUGGUCGUAGAUGAGGUGACUGUGAAAGUGGAGGGCGACGUUUCUCUGACAUGGAAUGCAUACGAAACUCACUUAGGAGGACACUCGCAGGGCAGCACCAGUGACUUCUUAGACUACAGAGAAAGCUUAGAGACGAAUCUAAAUGUCGCGACCCGCUCCCCUUUACACGCGUUCAAGGAUCAGGACCCAUUAUCCAUGUCGAUGGGGCCUUCCGAUUCACACAGGGAACAAAAGGCCAAGGCGCGGGGAGGGGGAGCCACCUCAGGCAAUAGUAAAGAGAAACGGUUCCUCUGCAUGUUCUGUAACAAAGGCUUCCGCUGCCCCCAGAAGGUGGACAUCCACCAGAGGGUUCACACAGGGGUGAAACCCUUCAGCUGUACCCAGUGUCACAUGCACUUCGCCCAGGCAUGCACCUUGAAAAGGCACCAGAGGGUCCACACAGGGGAGAAACCCUUCAGCUGUACCCAGUGUCACAUGUGCUUCGCCCAGGCUGGUGACCUGAAGAGGCACCAGAGGGUCCACACGGGAGAGAGGCCUUUCGCCUGUGCGCACUGCGGGAAGAGGUUCUCAGAGAAGAGCUACCUCAGGUUACACGAGCAGAAAAAACACUCCACUCUAUAACAAACACUUAUAUCAAAAGACAAAGAUUAAUUUUAGUUGUCAUCAGAAAAUAUCCACAGAUGCAUUUGGAUAUUCCUGGGUAGAAUAUUACAUCCAGACAUUGCGUUAAGGAAUACUGUAUAUACAGUCCCUACAGUGCAUUUGGAAAGUAUUCAGACCCCUUGACUUUUUCCACAUUGUUACAUUACAGCCUUAUUCUAAAAUGUAUGAAAUAAUUUCCCCCCCUCAAUCUACACACAAUACCCAUAAUGGCAAAUCAAAAAAACAUGUUUUUAGAAAUCUUUGCAAAUAUAUUAAAAAUCAACUGAAAUAUAACAUUUACACUACAGAGAUGUGUGUAUUCAGACCCUUUACUCAGUACUUCGUUGAACACCUUUGGCAGCAAUUACAGCUUCAAGUCUUCUUGGGUAUGACGCUACAAGCUUGGCACACCUGUAUUUGGGGAGUUUCUCCGAUACUUCUCUGCAGAUCCACUCAAGCGCUGUCAGGUUGGAUGGGGAGCAUCGCUGCACAGCUAUUUUCAGGUCUCGCCAGAGAUGUUAGAUCGGGUUCAAGUCCAGGCUCUGGCUGGGCCACUUAAGGACAUUGAGACUUGUUCCAAAGCAACUCCUGCGUUGUCCUGUUGGAAUGUGAACCUUCACCCCCAGUCUGAGGUCCUGAGCGCUGUGGAGCAGGUUUUCAUCAAGGAUCUCUGUGCUUUGCUCUUUUCAUCUUUCCCUCGAUCCUGACUAGACUCCCAGUCCCUGAGGCUGAAAAAUGGUGCCAGGUUUUCUCCAGACGUGAUGCUUGGCAUUCAGGACAAAGACUUCAAUCUUGGUUUCAUCAGACCAGAGAAUCUUGUUUCUAGAGUCCUUUAGAUGCCUUUUGUUCAACUCCAAGCGGGCUUUCAUGUGCCUUUUACUGAGGAGUGGCUUCCGUCUGGCCACUCUACCAUAAAGAUCUGAUUGGUGGAGUGCUGCAGAGAUGGUUGUCCUUCUGGAAGGUUCUCCCAUCUCCACAGAGGACCUCUAGAGCUCUGUCAGAGUGACCAUCGGGUUCUUGGUCACCUCCUUGACCAAGGUCCUUCUCCCCUGAUUGCUCAGUUUGGCUGGGUGGCCAGCUCUAGGAAGAGUCUUGGUGGUUCCAAACUCCUUCCAUUUAAGAAUUAGGGAGGCCACUGUGUUCUUGGAGACCUUCAAUGCUGCAGACAUUUUUUGGUACCCUUCCCCAGAUCUGUGCCUCGUAACAAUCCUGUCUCGGAGCGCUACAGACAAUUCCUUUGACCUCAUUGCUUGGUUUUUGCUGACAUGCACUGUCAACUGUGGGACCUUAAAUAGACAGUUGUGUCCCUUUCCAAAUCAUGUCCAAUCAAUUGAAUUUACUACAGGUGGACUCCAAGUUGUAGAAACAUCACAGAUGAUCAAUGGAAACAGGAUGCAACUGAGCUGAAUUUCGAGUCUCAUAGCAAAGGGUCUGAAUAAUUAUGUAAAUAAGGUAUGUUUUUUUAUUUUUAAUAAAUUUGCUAAAACGGUUUUUGCUUUGUCAUUAUGGAGUAUUGUGUAGAAUUGUUUAGAAUAAGGCUGUAACGUAAGUGUAAAGUCAAGGGGUCUGAAUACUUUCCAAAGGCACUGUAGCUCCUUUCAUAUUUCCUUUGAUCCUGACCAGUGGUGGAAAAAGUAGAAGUUAUACGUGAGAAUAAGUAAAGAUACCUUAAUAGAAAAUGACUCAAGUAAGUGAAAGUCACCCAGUAAAAUACUACUAGAGUAAGUCUAAAAGUAUUUGGUUUUAAAUAUACUUAAGUAUCGAUCAUUUCUAAUUUCUUAAAAAGCAAACUAGACAGCACAAGGUGGUUUUUUAAAUUGUAUUUAUGGAGAGCCAGGGACACACUACAAACAAAGCAUUUGUGUUUAGUGCAUCUGCCAGAUCAGAGGCAGUAGGGAUGACCAGGGAUGUUCUCUUGAUAAGUGUGUGAAUUGGACUAUUCUCCUGUCAAAAUGUACUUUUGGGUGUCAGGGAAAAUGUAUGGAGAAAAAAGUACAUUAUUUUCUUCACGAAUGUAGUAAAGUAAAAGUUGUCAAAAAUAUAAUUAGUAAAGUACAGAUGUUUCGUGUAGGUUUAUCCUGGGGUGACGUUUUGAUAACCAUGUAAAUCUUUCUCGGACAAGGUGAAUUUUGUCACAAGCCGGCUCAUAGCCUGUGACAAAAAUGAGGGGACACGAACAACAGGUAUAGGCCAAUUCAAAAGUGUUCUUUAUUAUUAAACAAACUAUUAACUUAAACUAAGAAACAGGAAUGAGGUGUGGAUGUAUCAUAAUGUAAGGUGUAUGUAAAGUGCAUGGGUGCAUGAAUAUGUGUGUGUGAACAUGACUGAGUGGAAACUAUGCAAAACUAAAAAGGAACAAACAAAUCAUGAGCAUACCUGGAGGAGCAGAGAGAGAGAGAGAGCAAGACAGGGAGAGGUGAUUAGUAAGCAGUUUUAUACCCUGAGCCCAGGUGGCUCCAAUCACUUAACGACCCUCCUCUGCCUGCAGGAGGAACCGCCCCCUGCACUGCAGAGGAGGAGCCGUGACAAUUUGAUCAAUAUAUUCAGCUCUAUUUACUCUGAUUCUAAAAUGCUAAUUAGCAUCAAAGUAGACAUCAUGCAAGACUACAAAUCCAUGCAAAGCCAUCUCUAGCUGACACCUUUGCUAACUGGUUUGUGUCAAUUUAAAACUUGCAGAAGACAGUUCACAGAAUUGUCCAUUUUAAAGAAAUGUAGCCAAUUUAUAUUAUACAGGCGAAUAUAUUGAUAAGUCACCUUGUCCUCGAGAUUUACACCAUUAUCAAAACGUCACGCCAAGGUAAGCCUACAUGAAACACAGCCCUUAUUUGAAGUGUUUCUUAAAUCCCCUAUUGGACAAAUGAAUGGUGGAAAAACAAUUGGAAAAAGUUCCUUGUCUGACCGCUAGGUUAUAUGGGUAUUAUGACUCCUACUAUGGUACUCUGUAUGGAACUGGAUGAGGUGAACAGGAAAGAAUGAGUAUGAUGAGGCAAAGUAGAUGAUUGUGAUGGUUGGUGUGAUGGUGUCUGUAAAAAUGCUUCAAUGAUGAAGAGUGAAAACCUUAUCUUUGAUGCUGGUGUUUUAUGAGGGAAUUUUAGUGCCUUAAUUUAUGUUUACUUGACAUGAAGUAGUGAAGAUGUGUGUAAUGUUAAACCUUUUCCAAAGUAUUCAACAAUUCAUUUUAUCAAAGCGAGGGUACCAGAUUUACAGAAAAUGUAGUGUUACCAUAGGGAGAAAAGUUAUUCUACUUGUCACAGGUAUAGUUUUGUGCAAUUAAAGUACAUUGUGAGUGUACAGUAUGACCAUGUUGUUGAAAUUGAAUACAAAAUUGACUGACUUGG